AAAAACGGAAAUCAAAGAACAUAAGAAAUCAUAACAUUGACGAGUUAGGGAACAAGCAAACAUGGCUCUGAUUACGGUAGCAUUAGCAUUCCUGGGUGUCUGGGCCAUAUCAGCACAAGUACUACAUAAAUCAAUAGUACCAAAAGAAUUAAAGAAAGGUUCAGAAGCUACUGUUGUCUGUGAUUCUGAUCUUGCCGGUGUCCCUGAAAAUGGGAGUCCUGAAGGCAUUUAUUUUUUGCAGCUGAGUUGGAAUAAAAAAUUCUUUUACUCGUUUAGUAGGUUUGGUACUGGCGUAACACCUGGUGUAAAAACUCACUGGCGUACUAGGGUUUUUGGACACUAUCCCAAGAACAGUCGUGAUCUUUUCAAUAGGGACACAUUCAGGCUGGAACUCGAUAUGAUAAAUAUCAGCUUCGAUGACAUAGGCGAAUUUUGUUGCUCUAGCUACAUCAGCAAGAAUGGAAAUAUGCAACGGCCCGCCUCAAAACGUUGUGAGGACUUUAUAGUUACAUUUCACUCUAUAUUGGAACUAGGCGUAAAUUCACAAGAGACACAAAAUUUAAACAUCAGACAUCAUCAAUGUACCCCUGAUCUCGCGGGAAUCCCUUAUACAGCAACAGAGUUUGAAAACUUGACUUUGUUCUGGCAAAAUAAAGAUUUCGAUCGGAGCUCCUAUUUUUUGUAUACAAUAAGAACAUAUUGGUAUACUAGUCAGGAGCCAGACGAAACUCUUAUCAAACCUGGGGAAAAACGUCACUGGACCGUGCUCCGAUUUUAUCAAAACGUGAAACCCAACAAGAGAAUGAGCGUAGAUUUGGCGCGGCUUGUUUUGUUAAUCGAUGGCCCACAAGCCCAAGACGCUGGCUGGUACUGUUGCAGUGUAACUUACUUUGACAAAGCCGAUGCCAAACGUUUAUCUUACAGGUGUCAGUAUUUAGCAGUUUCAAGUAUUCGAGGCAUACAAUACUCCACAAACGGCAGCUCAAUCAAGAUAGUUACCGUGAGCCUAAUCUUCGGGCUGCUGAUUAUCUCAUGGACUCUGCUACACUUUAAUGGGGUACUACAUAAAUCUAUAGUACCAAAAGAGGUAAAGCUAGGUUCAGAAGUUACUGUUUUCUGUGAUUCUGAUCUUGCCGGUGUCCCUGAAAAUGACAGGUCUGAAGGCAUUUUUUCGUUGCAGCUGAUGUGGAAUAAAAUUUUCGUUUACUCGUUCAGUACCAGGUUUGGUACUGCCAGAACACCUGGUGUAAAGACUCACUGGCGAACUAGGGUUUCUGGACACGAUCCCAAGAACAGUCGUGGAUUUUUCUAUAGGGAUAAAUUCAGGGUGGAACUCGAUUUGAUAAAUAUCACCCCCGAUGACCAAGGCGAUUUUUGCUGCUCUAGCAUCAUCAGUAAGAACGGAAAAUUACAACUGCCCUCCACAAAACGUUGUGAGGACUUUAUAGUUACAAAUCAUUCUAUAGUGGAACCAAGCGUAAUUUCACAAGAUCCAAACUUGAAAAUCAUUCAAUGUACCCCUGAUCUUGCGGGGAUUCCUGAUAAAGCAACAGAGAUGGAAAACGUGUCGUUGUUCUGGCAAAAUAAAGAUUUCUAUCCGAACUCCUAUUUUUUGUAUACAUUAAAAGCAUAUUGGUAUUCUGGUCAGUACCCAGAAGUGAAUCUAAUCAAACCUGGUGGAAAAGUUCAUUGGACGGUGGCCCGAAAAUUUGAAAACUUGAAACCCAACAAGAGAAUGGUCAAAGAUAUUACGUGGCUUGGUUUGUUAAUCAAUGGCCUACAAGCCCAAGACGCUGGCUGGUACUGUUGCAGUGUAACUUACUAUGACAUAGCUGAUGCCAAACGUUUAGCCCAUAGAUGUCAUUAUUUAUCAGUUUCAGGUAUUCAAGGCAUACAAUACUCCACAAACGGGAGCUCAAUCAAGAUAGUUGACGAGAGCCUAAUCUUCGGGUUGCUGAUUUUUUCAUGGACUCUGCUACACAUGUUUUGGGGUGAAUAAUGUUUUUGUUCCUCGCGUAUACGCCACCAAACACUUAGAAGUCUUAUCUACUGGUGAUAUACAAUAGUAUGUUAUAAGGAAACCAUCAAGCUCUAACCAUCA